AUGGACGAUUACACGAGAGAGAUGAUGGACCUCAAAACCCUCGUGACUCGCACUCUUGAGAAGAAAGGUGUUCUCGCUAGGAUCCGAGCUGAAUUAAGAGCUAGUGUCUUUGAAGCUAUCGAAGAAGAAGAUCGUGUCAUCGAAAAGGAUCAAGCUCUGCCUCCUGCAUUGUUAGGUAGCUGUAACGAUCGUGCUAAACAGCUUCACGCUUCUCCUUCUGGUAGACUUCUUACUGCACUGGUAUGUGAAUACCUUGACUGGGCACAGCUUACUCACUCGCUAAAAGUUUAUCUUCCAGAAUAUAAUUUGGAGAAAGAUUUUUGGAAGUCUGAGUUGAAAGAGUUUAGUAGCAAAAAUGGAUAUGAUCUUAAUAGAAAUGGAGACAGUCCCGUGCUCUUGGAUGUGCUUGAAGGAUUCUUGAAAUUUGAGGUUGUGAAUUGGUCUCCUAUUACAACCGGGGUUAUGUCAAAAUGUUGUAGGGUCUUUAGGUUAGAUGAAGCAGAAAAACUUGUAGACAAACACAAGCAUCACAAGCCUAUGAUUGCAGACGAGACUUAUAAGAACUUGCAUUCAUGUUUGAAUCGUAAGGCAGCAUCUCGUGAAGGGUCAAAUGACAACAAUAUAUAUUGCCCGGAGGCUAAAAUUGCAUAUCCUGAGGAUUUACUACAAUUUCAAUGGCACUGGAGAAAAGGGGAGCUAGUAAUUGUCAGGAACCUGCUUGGAGGUGGUACAUUUAGUUCAUUAUUAUGGGAACCAUCACACAUGAGCCAUGCAAUCAGUCAGAAGCAUGAGACUGUGAAGGCCAUUAAUUGCUUAAGUUUGUGCGAGGAAGAAGUUACAAUCAACCAGUUCUUUACUGAGUGCGCUAAUGAUUGCAUGCAUUCAAGUAAACAGCCUCACAUGUUGAAGUUGAAAGAUUGGCCUCCUUCUGAAUCAUUUAAGGAAUGUUUACCUAUUCAUUUUAAGAACUUCGUAUCUUACUUGCCGUAUAAAGAAUACACACAUCCUGUAAGUGGUUCUCUUAACCUUGCCGUGAAGUUGCCUGAUGGUUGUCUGAAGCCAGACAUGGGGCCAAAAGCAUACAUUGCUUAUGGAGUUGCUAAGGAGCUUGGGCGCGGUGAUUCUGUGACAAAGCUCCAUUGUGACAUGUCUGAUGCAGUAAACGUGUUGACUCAUGUUGCUAAAGUGAAAUUGGGUUCUGAGAAUGUUACUGCCAUUGAGAAAUUGAUGCCAAAGAACCUUGAGCAAGACAAGAGGGAAUUACAUGAUAUUCAUCAGGAUGGGGAGGCUAAUGAUGAUGGCACAUCUGGGUCUAAGCUCAAAGAAGUUGAAAAAGGUACAGUGGAGCAAGGAGAUAGUUUGUUGGAUGCAGUGGAUUCUUUGGAUGGUGCUCUCUGGGAUAUUUUUCGAAGAAAGGAUGUACCUAUAUUGGAGGGAUAUUUAUACAAGCAUUUCGGAGAGUUUAGUCAUUUUGACUGCCAUCCUUUAACGAAGGUUACUCACCCCAUCCAUGAUCAGACAUUUUAUCUGACUAUGGAGCAUAAGAAGAAGCUUAAGCAGGAGUGUGGAAUUGAGCCCUGGACCUUCACUCAGAAGCUAGGAGAUGCUGUUUUCAUUCCAGCUGGUUGUCCUUAUCAAGUCAGAAAUCUGAACUCAUGCACCAAGGUUGCACUUGAUUUUGUCUCACCUGAAAAUGUUGGUGAGUGCAUCCAUUUGACAGAAGAAUUCCGCAAACUUCCGAAAAAUCACGGGUCCAACGAGGACAAAUUGCAGGUGAAGAAAAUGAUUAUACAUGCUGUGGACGAUGCAGUCAAAAAGUUGAAAAACUCGACAUGUGCUAGCGGUUGGACAACUAACUUCAAUUAA